AUGGACGACCCCAUCAUCCCACAUUUGAAAAUCGUGCAUCAAUACCCGCAGUGCUUCAAGACGAUAUGGAUUGAUCGCGGCGCGAUUCGGUUUGUGAUGAGUGGGGCGACGUUGAUGGUUCCGGGGUUGACGAGUCCCGGGGGGAGGUUGCCGGAUAAGGAUGAGGGCUUUGAGAAGGGAGAGGUGGUGGUGGUGGGUGCGGAGGGGAAGAGUGAGGCGUGUAUGGUGGGCGUGUUGGAGUUGGGGACGGAGGAGAUGAAGGCGAAGAAGAAGGGGCCGGCGAUUGAGAGGGGGCAUUAUUUGGGGGAUGGGUUGUGGAGGAUGGAUUUGAGCUGA